ACUGAAGAUUCCGGAGCUGCUGAGCGCUCGAUUAUUUGGUCGUCAUUAGCGCCGACGCCGGCGCAGGAGCUGCUUUUAUUUCCUCCAUUGUUGGAUCUAGUUUGAGAGCUCGCCAUUUGUUUCGUCUACUCCCGCUCCUCCUCUUAGCCUCGCCGUCGACUCAUCCAUUUCGACGGACAGGACCUUCUUUCUUCUCCUCCAUUGUUGGAUCUUGAUUGAACCAAUGCGAUGAAGAAGAAGAUCCACACAAACAUAUAUUUUGACUAUGGAGGGUACUAUUCAGAAGAGCAUGAGUGGAAUUGCAACAAUUCAGUAUAUGCUAUAAUGUUUAAGACAACAUCUUUGGAGAGAAUAACAUAUCCGGUGUUGGUAGAUAAGAUCUGUAAGAAGAUUGCUAUAGACGGAGCGAGAAGGAAGAUGAAAUUGAGUUACAUGAUAUGUAAAGGAAGGAGAGAGUCUUAUAUUUUAGAUGAUGAGGAUGUUUGUAUAUUCUUAACAUCAUUGGAUAAAGAGGGAUUUAGACCAGUUUUGCAUGUGGAGUUAUGCAAUCUUGAAAGUAAUCAGAUGGUGGAGCUAGUACCAAGAGUAGAGAGAAGAAGUUCAUGCUGUUUGAAUUAUGGGGAAGUGGCUGCCAAUGAUGUAAGGACUGAUGAUGUAAAUAAUCAAGCAAACUUGAGUGCGUUUAGAUGGGGGGAAGGAUCAGAACAAGAGAAAGAGCCUGCUAUAGUUAAUGAACCGAUUAUUGAACAGCUCAUGAUAGAGAAUGGUGUAAAUGAAGAUUAUGAGAAUGAUGUUAGGCAUGAAUAUGUUGAGCUUUCGCGGACUGUACAACCAAGUGAGGAAACAGUUAAAGAAUGGAAAGAUGGUUUGGAAUUGGAAAAAGAUCAAGAAUUUCCUUCUAAGGAGGCAGUAUGGGAUUUGGUUAAUAGAGCUGCAAAGGCCGAGUUGUUUGGUGUGAGAUGUGUGAAGUCGGACCCGGUGCGACUUAUGAUUGAAUGCAGUCAAGCUUCCAUGGGUUGUGAAUGGUGUGAGGAGAGUACUAGAUAUUUUAAACAAAAAGGCACACCACGAUUAGUAGCAAGUGUUUUGCAUGAGGACUUCCGUGGUCAAUUGGAAACACCGGAUCCUAAAACCAUCAUGACUCUUGUUAAAGGAAGACUUGGUUUGGAUUGUUCCUACUCCACCGCCUUGAGAGGGAAAAAACAACAUGUUAGUGAUAUGCGUGGGAACCCUGAAGUUUGCUACACGAUGUUGUAUGCUUAUCUCCACAUGUUGAGAGAGGUAGUACCGGAUGAAGAUGGUUUGGUUUUCAUAAGCGAGAGACAUCAAAGCAUCAUCAAGGGAGUGAUGGAUGUGUUUCCAAACGCAUCACAUGGUCAUUGUAUAUGGCAUUUGUCCCAAAACCUUAGGCCAAAGUUGACUGGGGACAAGGACUUAGGUGUUGAGAAAUUCAAGGAAUGCGCUCAUAUAUAUACUAAGACCGAGUUCAGCAUUCAGUAUGGUGAUUUUAGGAGAAGGUAUCCUAGAGCUGCUGAAUAUCUGGAUAAUUCUAUUGGGGUUGAACAAUGGGCUAGGAGUCAUGCUGAGAGAGACAAGUACAACAUAGAUACUAGCAACUCCGCAGAGUCAAUGAAUGCUGUGUUUAAGGAAGUAAGGAAGUACCAUCUAUUACCGAUGAUUGAUGCGAUAUUGGAGAAGUUUUCCGAAUGGUUCAACAAACAUCGAAAAGAUUCUGCCAAUGCAUCGAACACAACGCAGGUGGUGCCUGUUGGGGAGAAUAUAUUACAUAUCCGAUGUCCUAUAGCUGCGAAGUUGACGGUCACUGAGCUUAACAGCUACCGACGCGAAUAUAGCGUAAUUGGAGUUGAUGGUUUAACAUAUUUGGUGGACUUGGAUAUGAAAUCUUGUACUUGUAGGUGUUUUGAUAUAGACAAGUACCCUUGCAUCCAUGGUAUAGCCGCAGCCAUUAAGCAUUGUCGGAAUGAAUGGAGAACAACGGAAGUAAGCAUAUAUGGUCUUUGUUCGAAAUAUUACUUGAUCGAGACGUGGGCAUUGGCAUAUUACAAAACGAUUUACGUUGUGCCGCAUGAGUCUCAAUGGACUUUCCCAGCUGACUACGAGGAGAAGAUCGCAAAACCGCCGGAUUACAAACCAAAGAAAGGUAGAAAUCAAGAGACCCAGUUUCCAUCCACCGGGGAAAAGCGACGAAAGAGGACCCAAAACAAGGCACGGCCUGGCAUUAACUUGGAGAGUUGGUUGCAGCCCCCUCCCAAUGAUGAGAAUGUGAGAAUGCCAAUCAGUUAUACUCAAAGCUCCGAAUCGGAGCCGAGUGAGGAUAUGAGUUGGGCAAGAGCUGACGGUAAUUGGGGUAUUCCUAGAUAUUGUUUCUGUGGAACCUACGUUAAGCUUGUUGUGUGUACCACUGGCAAUAAUCAAGGAAGAAAGGAAUACAAAUGUCCGAAUUAUGAGGAUGGUGGAGAACACUUCCAGAAGUGGUGGGAUGAUGCGGUUAAUGAGGAGUUUAGUGUUGUGCAUAACAAAUUUGAAACCCAGAAAGAAUCAAUCCAUCACGCUUACCAAAAUCCAAUGUUGGAGUCACUUCGCGAGUCUGUUCGAAUUAUGCGUGCUCAACUCGAUGAUCUUGAGAAGCGUUUGGAGGAGAAAGAAACCCAGAUUAGCAAGCUGAGGGAUUUGCUAGCUAAGUGGUAGUUGGUUGUGGUUGUUGUACUUAAGAAACCGAGUUUGUUGUA